AGAAUCGUUUCUUCUCACUUUCUCUUUCUAAAAAAACUGCUUAUUUAGAGAGAGAGCCAAAGCGAAAGCGACAAUCCCUAGAUGGCGCCGAUGAAGCUCAAAUCAAACUUGAAGCAGCUUAAACUCUCCGUUCCAGCUCAAGAAACCCCAAUCUCUUCCUUCUUGACUGCAAGUGGAACGUUUCACGAUGGAGAUUUUCUACUGAACCAGAAGGGGCGGAGGCUGAUCUCUGAUGAGAAGCAAUCAACGCCAUCUGAUAGCAAGGAGCUUGAUUUUGAAAUCACUGCUGAAGACUUGGAGACUGUGAAAGUCAUAGGAAAAGGCAGCGGCGGAGUUGUUCAGUUAGUUCGGCAUAAAUGGGCUGGCAAACUAUUUGCUAUGAAGGUCAUACAGAUGAACAUACAAGAAGAAAUCCGAAAGCAAAUUGUGCAGGAGCUCAAGAUAAACCAAGCAUCGUCUCAGUGUCCACAUGUGGUUGUCUGCUACCACUCUUUCUAUCACAAUGGAGCCUUUUCCCUUGUGCUUGAGUAUAUGGACCGUGGAUCUCUUGCGGAUGUGAUUCGACAAGUGAAGACUAUUCUCGAGCCUUACCUUGCUGUUGUCUGUAAACAGGUUUUGCAAGGACUUGUGUACCUUCACAACGAAAGACAUGUCAUACACAGAGACAUUAAACCAUCAAACCUUCUUGUCAACCAUAAAGGAGAAGUCAAAAUCUCAGAUUUUGGUGUCAGUGCAAGUCUUGCUAGCUCCAUGGGACAGAGGGACACCUUUGUUGGAACCUACAACUAUAUGUCGCCUGAGAGGAUCAGUGGAAGCGCAUAUGACUACAGCAGCGACAUCUGGAGUUUGGGCAUGUCAGUGUUAGAAUGUGCAAUAGGAAGAUUCCCUUAUUUAGAAUCCGAAGAUCAGCAAAACCCGCCUAGCUUUUAUGAGCUUUUGGCAGCAAUCGUAGAAAAUCCACCACCAACUGCUCCUUCUGAUCAGUUCUCACCUGAGUUCUGCUCCUUUGUAUCAGCCUGCAUACAGAAAGAUCCUCCAGCAAGAGCUUCAUCCUUGGACCUCUUGAGUCAUCCAUUCAUAAAAAAGUUCGAGGACAAGGAUAUUGAUCUGGGGAUACUUGUCGGCACUUUGGAUCCACCUGUUAACUACCUUAGAUAAGUAAUAAGUAAAACUCCUCCUCUCUUCUUCUGCAUUCUGGUGUAUGAUAUGAUAAGAUGCAUGAUGUGUAAUGUGUCUCUAAAGUUUACAAUUACUUGAUGAUCAAAAUUGAACGAGAUUUUAUUAUCUAUUGUCUUCUUCCUUUAAUAUGAAAUAUACACUUUUUGGUCGAA